AUGGCUUUGUGUUGGAUUUCUUGUGCACCUUCAAACCACCACCACCACUCUAGCUUUAUUCAAAACCUCAGCCCCGCACACUCAUCCCCACCGCUGGAUAAACGAAAACCACCCCAAAUUACCCUUUCGGUCUCAACGCUUUCUUCUUCUUCUAAUCCCAUUGCAGAAGGCGAAAGAUUUCCAGUUGUUGUGAGCAAAAGAUUAGUUAAUCUCACUAUUGUUGGAGCUGUAUUAUCAAGAUUCUUGUUUUUCUCUAAGGCCCUGGCUUCUCAAUUGCUGGAGCUUCAACAAUACACUGAUCCCAAAGAAGGAUUCACUCUUCUUAUACCCUCUUCUUGGAUUAAGGUUGAAAAGGCGGGGGCAACUGUUUUAUUUGAGGAUGCAGAAAAGAAAUCUAACAAUAUAGGGGUAGUGGUGAACCCAACUCGGAUUUCGAGUCUAGGCGAAUAUGGUACUCCUCAGUUUGUAGCAGAUAAACUUAUCCAGGCUGAAAAGCGCAAGGAAAGUACAAAAGAAGCCGAGGUAAUUGCUUUCUCUGAGAGAUCAGGUCAUAGAGACCUUCAAGUGUACGAGUUCGAAUACAAGGUUGACAGCACCAGGGGAGGGUUGAAGAGGGUCUUUUCUGCUGCAUUUGUGGCAUCUAAGAAGCUCUACCUUUUGAAUAUUGCUCACUCUGAUGGUUUAGACGACCCUCUGGACAUGGAGAGACGAAUGACUCUGGAACAAAUUUUGCACUCCUUUGAUGCAGUAUCUGCAACGUAUACAAAAUAG